CUCUCUCACCCCGCCCCGUUCAACUCAAUCCACUGCGUUCAUUUCAUUCCUGCUCCCAUUCCGCGCAUAUUUCGCAUCCUUGGAGAGACGCUGCGCAUUUUACGCACUCAGCGCGCCCGAUCCUUCAUCAAACCACAACCUACAGGAGACACGGGAGUUGGCGGAGAUCUUCCCGGUGCUGUAACGACUCCAAUUCUUGGAAAAGUGUGGGAAUUAAUCCGCAAAGAGGCGUUUGAAUCGAGGUUCCUGUCGCCUGACUUGGGAUUUUCGGCCAUCUUGCUGAGUCAGCCGUUUGCCAGCGACUUUUGGUUAGCAUUUGCUGCCAUUAGCUCUUAGCCAGGGUUCGGACAUUCCCACUUCCCACUGAGAGGUAGGAAUUAAAAAUCAGCAUCAGCGCCGGCCUGUGAAGCCCGACACUGAAUUCGGCCACUUGAGCGAGUCCGAGUUCCCCGUAAGCAGCAUGGAGCGCAGCAGCUGGAGCGGCAGCGAGAGUCCAGGGGAGGACAUGGACAGACUGAGCGACUCGGGGGGGGACAAGACCAUGGACGGGGACCCCGAGGGCGUCUGGAGCCCCGACAUCGAACAGAGCUUCCAGGAGGCCCUGGCCAUCUACCCCCCGUGUGGAAGGAGGAAGAUUAUCCUGUCAGAUGAAGGGAAGAUGUACGGUCGGAAUGAGCUGAUAGCCAGAUACAUCAAACUGCGAACAGGCAAGACGCGGACAAGGAAACAGGUCUCCAGCCAUAUCCAGGUUUUAGCCAGAAGGAAAUCCAGGGAGUUUCAUUCUAAACUAAAGGACCAGAAUGCCAAGGAGAAGGCUCUGCAGAGCAUCUCCUCCAUGUCCUCCGCUCAGAUCGUCUCAGCCACGGCCAUACACAGCAAGCUGCUGCCUGGAAUAGUACGGGCCAGCUUCCCUGGCAACGCACAGCUGUGGCAGGGGGUGAUUCCUGGCGGCCAGUCCAGCUCCACCACAGAAGAUAUCAAGCCGUUCUCCCAGCAAGCCUACUCUGUGCAGACAGCAGGGACCACCACUAUCUCAGGCUAUGAGCCCCCUACUGCAGCCCAAACACACAGAGAGCCAGCGUGGCAGGGUCGCUCCAUCGGCACCAACAAACUACGGCUGGUCGAGUUUUCAUCUUUCCUGGAGACGCAAAGGGACCAGGAGGCUCAGUACAACAAGCACCUGUUUGUGCACAUCAGCCAGGCCAACCCCAGCUACAGCGACCCCCUGCUGGAGUGCGUGGACAUCAGGCAGAUAUACGACAAGUUCCCUGAGAAGAAGGGGGGCCUGAAGGAGCUGUUCGGGAAGGGACCGCAAAACGCUUUCUACCUGAUCAAGUUCUGGGCGGAUCUGAAUUACAACGUGCAGGACGACCCUGCAGCCUUCUACGGUGUGACCAGCCAAUACGAGAGCUCGGAGAACAUGACCAUCACCUGCUCCACCAAGGUCUGCUCCUUCGGCAAGCAGGUGGUCGAGAAGGUGGAGACGGAGUACGCGAGGCUUGAAAACGGGCGCUUUGUCUACAGGAUCAGUCGCUCUCCGAUGUGCGAAUACAUGAUCAACUUCAUCCACAAACUCAAACACCUGCCAGAGAAAUACAUGAUGAACAGCGUGCUGGAGAACUUCACUAUUUUGCUGGUGGUGAGCAACAGAGACACUCAGGAGACCCUGCUUUGUAUGGCGUGUGUGUUUGAGGUGUCCAACAAUGAGCACGGAGCACAGCACCACAUCUAUCGACUCGUCAAGGAAUAACACACACACACACACACACACAUACACAGUCUUUGCUAGCUAACAACAUUGGAAGUUUAUCUAAAGGCAGAUUUCUACUAGUGUGUCUCAGAGCCAAACAACUUGACUUCAGUGAAGAGGAAGUCAACCAUGGCUGCAUUUUCACUGCUGCUCGCCAGAAACGAAUUAUUUUCCAGCAACAUUUGUGGGUAAUUGUUAUUUUGAUAGUAGACUUAGCAUAUAGUAUGCUACGUGACCCUCCUCAGCAGCAGGCUCAACCCAUUGCAUGCGAUUUCAUUUCACCAACUGUCUCCCAAACCUGAAGAUGGGUUGCUAAGGAGUUGUGACAAUGCAGCCAUGGACACACUGCACACUUAAGUCUACCUGAGUGGGUUUUCCCAAACGCACCUGGACACUGUUGUCAUCUUACCCCCCCCCCCCCCCCCCCCCCCCCCCCCCCCCGACGCCACGCGGGAUGGCUUUUUUUCUUCUUCAUUGGUCUCUAAUUGAGAUUCCGUGUUCUCUGCUUUCACCCUGUUCCUUUUUGUUCGGGCCGUUUUGACGACACACACUUGAAGUGACAGUACUGUCUUGUGCUUUUGGGGAAACAACCCAGG